GCAACUUCCUCCGCGCACGCACAAUUACGAGCGCACUUGCCGCCCACCUCUAAAAAUUCACAAAACUAGUGCUCAGCCGACCUACCACCACCUAACAUGCUCACAGGACUCGCAGUGAUAGUUCUCAGCACUGAGUUCGCGUGAACGUGAACGUAAGUGAUACACUUGUCAAAUUUGCCGCACAUGUCUCUGUACAGUGGGGCUACCCGCCGCCAUGGUUUGUGCCACCAGAAUUGUCACUAUUGACAGUUAUGGCCAAGGACGCAGCCGCUGAAUUCAAAAAAUUAGACAUUUCUUCGACGACAGAAAAACAAGAUUCCUGUAUCCUCCAAGCGCCCCUUUCUUGCAUGGCAAUACGAUGUACAGUUCCUAAUUGCAGCUGUGAACGUUUUGUUCCUGGGAAGUGCCACCUACGCUACUGUGAAACUUGUAAACACGGUUGGGUUCAUCACGCACUGGACAAGUUGGGAACGCGACAUCUCUUCAGUAACAGUGCCCCCGAACCGGUGCAAGUUUACGCCGCGUUUGACAUCGCUAGUUUAGUCCUUUACGGAUGUCAAGCUCUCCCGAUUCGUCUUAAAAUACUUCUGGAUAGAGUGUUUUCUGUGCUGCGCAAAGAGCAAGUGCUUCAAGUGUUGCAUGGAUUUGGCUGGACCGCGGAAGAUUACGCUAGAGGAUAUAUACUGCAGGAGUCACACGGCGGCACUCUGGACCGAUGGAGCAUCUGCAGUCCUGAGGAGGAGCCUCUGGUCCUCCAACAGUUCCUUAGGUUUGGAGAGACGCGAGCCAUAACGCAACAAUUGCUUCUGGCGCAGCAGGCACUUCAGGAUCCCACACUGGAGCGCCUAGAACGCCGCCACUCGCCAAGCCUCCGUCGGGCGAUGUCACCUAAUCAUCGCCCGUCACCGCAAGCUGUUCCACACUCCGCUUUUCACCCGUCUCGCCUACCCACGAUGUCUCCCCACCAAAAACAUCCCUUAAAUUUUUUAAAGAUGCCUACCUCAAACGGACCUCUCCCAACCGGGUCUCCUCCAAGAAGCGUCAGUACUAGUCCAUUGAACACGUCACCUCUGAACCGCCUCCAGAACAUGCAACCUUUCGAUUUCCGCAAGUUGGGCAGCGGCUUGAGCAACUUCCCGAAUCGCGUGAGUCCAGAUCUCAACAGGAGGAGGACGUUGGAGAGUGAGACGGUGGGGCUCAAUCUCACGAUGGCCACUUCGCUGUCCUCGUGCUUGCCGCCGCCACCGCCGCGACCACCCUCGCUGAGCCACUCGGCGGCGGCGAUGGCCGCCGCGGUCUCGGCGAACUCCCUCGCGGCGGCGAGUCUGGUGGCGUCGACUUUCCCCGGGCUCAUGUCCUCGAGGAUGUCGUCGCGGAGCAAGUCUCCCAGUGCAGAAGUUCUCAGUGGCAAUAACAAUAGUGAAGAAGACGACGACGUCGACGAAAACUCUCAUAGUGCACUUAACCUAAGCCGCGAUAGAGAUAUACUGAAAGCCCCACGACAACCACGAGCGAUACCGGGUAGAAAACCGACCACACCUACCAAAAGACAGUGGGGUUCUCCGGGCUUGCCCUUGAAUCUAGGAACUCAGUUUAUCAACCCCGCUACGGGGAAGAAGAGAGUGCAAUGUAACGUAUGUUUAAAGACGUUUUGCGACAAAGGUGCUCUUAAAAUCCACUUCUCGGCGGUGCACUUACGCGAAAUGCACAAAUGCACGGUCGAAGGUUGUAACAUGAUGUUCAGUUCGAGACGAUCGAGGAAUCGUCAUAGUGCUAAUCCAAAUCCAAAACUACAUUCGCCACAUCUACGCAGAAAAAUAUCGCCUCACGAUGGCAGAAGUGCUCAAGCGCAUCCUCUACUGAUACCUCCGCAAACCGGUUUGUCGUUACCGGCUGCUGCAGCGGCUCUCAAUCCGCUCAACCCGUUCGGUCCGUUUCCCCUACUUACGCCACCGCCAGACAUUAGGCACCACACAGCCUUGAGUUCCAUGGACUUCAAGCAAACGUUAGAUCUUAGCAUGCAGCGAUUAGAAGAGAAGAAAACUUCGUCGGUUAAAGAUUACAGCGUCCUGUCACUUGCGGGUAGUACCCAUCAGCAAUCCGAAGAAGAAGAAGAGGAAGACGAUGACGGCAUAGUCGUCGUAGGCGGCGACGAAGAAGAAGAACCUGAGAAAAGCGAGGUUACAAACGGCGUUAUUUCCGAUCAACCAGAAGAUUUCAGCAUGCCUUCGAAAAGGCCGAAGAUGUCAGUGUCCGACGUCGAAGAAGACAUGACCAGUAACUUAGACAGUAACGAAGAUUCCUUGAGUAUCGUCGAUACUCACAGUCUGAAAGACGAACUCAAUGUACAAACUAACAAAAGAAAGCGUAAGAGUCAGAACCCUACAAGAUGCGCAGUACCUGCUAUGAUGGACGACGCCGUGAGCGACGGCGAUUCAUCCAACGACGUAUUUUCCGAAUCGAUAAACGAAAAACAUGAUAAACAACAGGCGGACGAAGACAAGCGGCCGCAAAGUAGUCUUGAAUUUAAAAAAGAAGAAGAGAAGGAGCGAUGCGAGUCGCCCUUGAAUUUAGAGAAAAGGUGCCCCGACGUGAACGCCAACGAGCCCGAGAAAGUCGUUAGUCCGGAAAUAAAGAAAAGUCUGGCCCCACUGUUCAUGAUCGAUAAACUAAAGAAAGAAAAACCCUUGCAAGAAACGGAACCGACCGAAGAGAACGAAGAAAGGCCAGCGAGUUCCGUCGAAAGUAACAAGAGCGACGAAUCUUUCGACUCUUCGAAUGCUCUGAGGCACCUGGAGAGCCUUUCGCAUGGGCAUUUUGGAGAUUUGAUGGCGAAAGGGCUCCAUCUGGGACUAGGGGGGCAGGGACCCCAGUUUCCCCCGUUGGCGUUUAUGAUGGGGGGCGGUCCCCCGAGUCCGGCGAGAUCGCAGGCGUCGUCGGCCGGAAGCAGCAACGGCGCAGAAUCUCCGGACGAAAAUAGCCAAAAUCAGUUCUUUGGACAUUUCGACAACGGCCAGUUUAUUAGCGGAAUGGACGUUCCUAUAGACAAAGAUAACCCUAGGAAGUGUACCGCAUGCGGGAAGAUUUUCCAAAACCACUUCGGCGUGAAAACGCAUUACCAAAACGUGCAUUUGAAGUUGAUGCAUAAAUGCAACGUCGACGGAUGCAACGCUGCUUUUCCUUCGAAACGAAGUAGGGAUAGACAUAGUGCAAAUUUAAAUUUACAUAGAAAAUUAUUAUCUACCUCUUCAGAUAAGUCGGCAGCUAGUUUGUUUUUGGACAAGUCGCCUUUCGCUCUACACGGUGACUUUUUGACGAGGCUUUACGCAGAAGAAGCUUUGAAGAACCACCACUUACCUCCUCCGAAUUUGGAUCAGUUGAUGCUCAACGGCGACAGAAUACCGCACCCUCCUCUUCUGUUGCCUCCUUUAGGCGGCAUUCCUUUUCCUUUGGGCAAUUUCAACCACUUUACUCAGUUCAACGGAUCUUCGGUGAUGACGCAGAAGGAGAGGUCUUCGCGAUCGAACUCGCCGGUUUCCGGAUCGCCUCCUCCCUCAAACGCGUCACCCUUUUCUUUAAAAUACACACACUGUGUCGAAGAAGAUCAACCAACUCUCGAUAAAGAUGGAAAUCUUCCUUGUCGGCUGUGCAGAACUCCCUUUCCUACUUCCUCACAACUUAAAGAACACUGCGAGACCAACCAUUUAUCGGAGAUGUUCAAAUGCACGGUAAUGGGGUGCAACAAAGUAUUUAUGAGUAAGACACGGCGGAAUUUGCAUUCGGAGAACGAAUCUCUCCACGCGAAUUUAAGGAAGAGUGCAGAGGGUUCGUGACCGUUAGGUAAUUUUUUUGACUUGAGAACUGUACCGUUGUGGUGGUGAUCAACUGACGAAGUACUUAUCAAAUUUUAGGUGGUUUCUUAUAUGUGAUUAUUAGAAUAAUUAGUUUAUUGUUAAGAGCCAGCUUUUAUAAUUUAUUUUUUUUACUUGAUGAUUUUCAACUUCCUAAAUCAGCCAGUCUUGAGAAAUACUCAUUGUAUAUAAAAAAAUAUUGUAGAUUUAGGUGAUCUCUCGUAACUUGUUAUAGAAAACGCUAUUCAUGUGAAUAUUUCAAUUGCUCAUUUUUAUAAUACUACACAAGUAUACUGGUUGUCCAAAUUUUUCCUUGAUAAUUACAAACUGAUUGGCUACGUAUGUACUUAAAGCUUCCUUGUUUGGACAAUUCGCUAUACUUGACUCACUGUUGAUGCAUGCAAAUGAAUAUUCACUCUACCAGUGACAAUUUCAAUCAAACGUGUAUAUUUAAAUGUGCAAUAACUUUGUAAAUAUGCUAUCUUGCCUAUAAAUGUAUAGAUGUAUAUAUUUACUAUCAUUAAAUAGUGAAAAUUAUUUGCCCUAGAAUAUCAUCAAUGUAUACGAAAAAAAAAACUGUGUCGGCAUUAAAUUUCUUUCCGCACCUUCAAUGAAAAAUCUCCAAAUUUUCUUUCGUUAGCUGCAAUUUAGAUCCCCGUACUUUUUCAUUGAAGGGUGACCGUUACAACCCAAAUUAAUGUUAUAUUUGUAAUAUCUUAAACAGCACACCUCUGUAAAUGUUAUUUGUUAUUGCAUAUUCACACUCCAGUGUACAGUAACCAUUAUGUAUCGCCUAUGGGCUUCAUUAAACUUAUAGCUGUCGUA